CAGAGUGCAACUUAAACAUCUAACCAAAUCCGUUUUACUCUGCAUCUUUCUGAGUGUGGAUAUUCACAACAGUGAGGACGACAUGCAUCAGCCAGCCACAUAAACAAAAUACAGCAGCGUCUUAUUGUUCUACAGAAUCGGGACAAGUCAUUAUAAGUUAUGUGCUGAAGUUAUGGAGGAGUUAUGUGCUGGUUACCUGUACAAGUCCCCCCAACCAAGCCUGUUUAGAUUACAGAAAUCAUGGAAGCGGAGGUAUUUUGUUCUUCUGAAAAAAAGUAGUACUUCAUACCAUCUUCAAUAUUAUAAAAAUGAACAAAUAAAAACGACAGAACCACUUGGAGUCAUCGAUCUGUCUCAGAUAUCGUUGAUGUUUCUGAAACCUGAGAACCACUCUAUGUGGAAAUGGGUCCAUGAAAAUUUUAGAUGCUCUCCAUCCUGUGUUCUUUUUAUGAAAGUGGAUAACAGAGACUUUUUUCUCAUUGGGGACAGCAGUCCUGAGAUUGAAAGGUGGUUUGAUGUCUUAUAUCAUGCUAUGAAUAAUCGCCCACACAAACUGCUUGAUCCUAAGGAAAGUGUGAAAAUCAGAGAGAUAAGUGCCCCUGCAAACUCACUAAAGACAGACCAGAGGGUUGAGUGGGGACUGGAUGCAAGUUAAGACUAUGACAUUCUGAUCAACAUGAUCAACAUGAAAAAUAAGUACUUUAAUGUACAUAUCUUAGUCUUGGUAUUUUUUUUUUUAAUCCUUACAUUUGCAUUGAUAUAAUUGCCUAAUUAUUACUUGUAAAUAAUUAUUGUAAGUAAUUGUUUAUUCUGUUAAUAAAUAUUUAUGAUGAUUAUGGUUCAAGAUUAUGUACAAUUUCUUUUUUUCUAAAAGCUGGAAUAAGAUACACACACACACACA